AUGAGCACGAGAGACACAUUGGUUUUCUGCAUGGAAGGUGGUGAUUUGAAAGAUCUCCCUGACGUUGAAAUGCUUUAUCUAAGUGGGACGAUCAAUCAACGUACCCAUCGGUACCCCCAUUGCAUUGUAUGGACACCUCUUCCCAUCAUUACGUGGCUAUUUCCUUUGAUUGGGCAUGUUGGCAUCACUAACUCAAAGGGCGUCAUUUACGACUUCGCUGGGCCCUACUGCAUCUGUGAAGACAACAUGGGGUUUGGGUGGCCGACGCGUUACCUCCGGUUGAAUAUGGAGUCAGUAGGUGGAGCGGAGAAUUGGGACAGAGCUGUGCACGAGGCAAACACGGAGUACAAGGGACGCAUGCACAACCUCUGUUGCGACAACUGUCAUUGUCACGUGGCUCUUGCUCUGAACUUAAUGGGCUAUGGUGGAUCGACUGCGUGGAAUAUGUACUCAAUUGGCAUGAUGGUGGCUUUUCGGAGCAAAUUUCUUGGAUUCCUUUCGGUCCUCAAGACCUUCGGCCCCUUUUUGAUGUUAUUAUUCCUUAUUAUUAUCCUAAUCAUUAUUCUCUAA